UCACAAAGCAGAGGAGGAGGAAACAGUGCGUGUGUGUUCAGGGAACGGAGAAGCCGUUGUUUCAUUAACCAGAGAGUGAGGGCAGAGAGACAACACACGAACCAUCGGCUGCAAUUGGUCAAAUCAUGGCCCACCCUUCUCAGCGCCGAGUAAUGGUACAGUUGAGUGCUUGAUCAUUUGUUUGGAGCGGAAGAGAGGAGAACGCCAAGGACUGAGGGAAAACCACCCUGGAGGCAAAGAGGAGCACGUUUACAGUAUCUCACCGAGCUGUGCUUAUGCGUGUGUAAAACGAAGCAGCCGUGAUUAUGGAGCCGUCUCUUGUAUGGACAAGGCUGCUUCUGCUCAUAGUUCACACGGCACCCAUGGUGGAAGGGAUCAGCAUUAGCCCCCCACUUAUGGCCCAGUGUGGCCAAAACCUGAGCCUGUUUUGCAACAUCACCCACUCACUACCACAGGGGACCCAUGUCACAAUGGACUGGGCCCACAUGGACAGCAAUGAGGUCAUAUGUAAAGUAAACACCUCUCAUCCCACCAACGAAACGCAUGACUACACAUGUUCCCUGAGAGGAGGUGUUUACCUGGAGCUCACCCUGCUUGGGAUUAAGCCUGACAAUCAGGGGAGAUACGUCUGCAAGCUAAACUCGGCAGUAGGAGCUGAGGACGCGGUGACCUCUGUGACUUUGGACGAGUGCUACACAGGCCAGAGUGUGACUACAACAGCCGAGGCUCACUCCUGCACCUUCACAGGGGUGUACCCUGACGGACAGGUGCACUGGUUCCAAGGCUCCAACACACUGAUGGGGAGCACCACGAUGCACGUGGAGCCACGAGGAGGCUUGACCAUCUGCAGUACCCUGGAAAUAAACUCCACGUCUGGGCACCUACCCUACAACUGCUCCCUGUGGAGCCCCAGAGCCAAACGUUACUUGACCAGCCAACUGGUGACUGUUCCCAGCAGGAUUUCUGAUGGGCCCAGAAAUGCAACCAAGGCUCACAGAGCUUUCUGGGAACUGGGGGCGAUACUUCUGGCGAGCCAUUUCCUGAUGAAGCUAUGGGCCUGACUGCUCGCUGCUUUGUGUCUGAAUGAUAUCCCCGUGGGAAUGAUUAACGCCAUAACAAGGACGUUUCUGGGCCUGUGUGAUAAGGUAGAGCAUGCUGUAUGGUCUGAGGAGCUUAACAAGGUUCAAAGGUGUGUUAUGAUUUAACAGUUUCCUGAAGCACUGAACAAAUAAUAAAAAAAAGUCAGAUGAAUAGGCUGAUUACCUGUGA